GCCCAGUGACCUGCACUGAUCAAUAUUAUCGUAAUUCUUCCUUUAAUUAAAUGCCUUACAAUUUCAUUCACUAAUUUAUCAUCAUCUCUUAUUUUUAACAAGUUAAAUAUUGCACUAGACCCUAGAGAUAUGGUGUAUAAUAUCAAGUGGUGCCUUGAUCGUACGUCUGGCAGCGGGAGACGCUGAGGAAUGAUAGCCUGGUUCAGCCAUUCAAUAAUACAUAGUCUGUAUACACGGGUACACAUUGCUCUAUGUAUAUAAACACCUUUCUCAAGCCCAAUGGAAUACACCUCAAGUGACUAAUGCUAGUUUGGGACUAUUACUAGCUAUACAAGUAGCUCUCUCAAGUGUUGUAUGGACCUCGUAUCAAGUGGCCGCUGUAGUUAAUAUUCCGAAUAUCUUUCUUCUUGUCUGAACAAUCUUGGUGAGGAAGAUGUCUGAGGAGACGUGUGAGAAGGACGCCCAGGGGGAGAACACCCAGCUGGACUACGACAAGAACACCAGCAAGGGGGAACUGGCCGUGAAGGUCAUAUGUCUGGGGGACAGUGCUGUCGGCAAGUCCAAACUUGUGGAGCGGUUUCUGAUGGACGGCUACCAGCACCAGCAGCUGUCCACCUUUGCUCUUACCUUGUACAGAUAUCGCACCAAGGUGGAAAACACAGAUGUAUUAGUAGAUUUUUGGGACACAGCAGGACAAGAGAGGUUUCAGACAAUGCACCCGUCAUACUAUCAUCAGGUAAAUGGAAUUUAUAUUUUUCAGGCUCAUGCUGCAAUCUUGGUGUUUGACGGUACACGCAAAGUGACAUACAAGAACCUCUCCAACUGGUAUAAGGAGCUACGACAACAUAGACCAGAGAUUCCAUGUUUCUGUGCUGUCAAUAAAAUCGACGAAAAUGAAGAUAUUGCAGGAAAGAGUUUUGCUUUCCCGGAGAAGAACAACAUCCCAAUGUACUAUGUGUCGGCCUCAAGUGGCACUAAUGUUGUUAAGAUGUUCAAGGAUGCCAUAAAUGCUGCUUUCCAGUACAAGAAGAACCCAACAGAUGUCACUGACCAAAUCAUGGAAGAACUGGAGAUGGACAUGAAUUUAUAAAGCAAGAAUAUUUCUGUACAAAAAAUCCUCAUCCAAUGUUACUGAGGGGUCUCCAUGGAGGAAAUGGAAAUGGACAUGCCAAGUGUGUGUGUGUGUCAUUAUAUAUACUGUGCUGUAUACAUGUACUGUAUGUGUUAUGUGUGUAUAUUUGUCACACCAUUGCAAUGAAAUCACAAUGGCAUGAUAUGUAUCAAUGAAAAUC